AUGGUCGAGUGCAUCAUGACUGAGCUACUAUUCAACCCGGACAAACUCGAGAGGCUAAAACGAGAGAUAAAGAGCGCAGUGGGAGAGAAUGGGAAAAUCCAGGAGGCGGACAUCGCGUCCCUCCCGUAUCUGCAGGCAGUGAUCAAAGAAACCUUUCGUUAUCACCCGCCAGGGCCUCUUGCGGUUACCCAGAUGUCAGAAGCCGAUCAAGAGGUGAAUGGUUACAUGAUUCCAAAAGGGACGCAGAUAGUCGUCAAUACGUGGUCAAUGGCAAAAGAUCCGAGCAUCUGGACUGAUCCGGCAUCUUUUGAGCCAGAACGAUUCCUUGACAGCAAACUGGACUUCAAAGGCCAGCAUUUCCAGCUCAUACCCUUCGGGGCGGGCCGGAGAAUAUGCCCCGGAAUACCCUUGGCAACUCGUAUUCUGCAGAUGACCACCGCUGUUUUGGUUCAUAAUUUUGACUGGAAACUUGAGAAAGACAAGGAUCACCCGGACCAUAAAGAAGCCAUGUUUCAGAUAAAUUUGAGCAAAGCAACUCCACUUAGAGCUUUUCCGUUUAAAAUUUAA